UUUUAAUGAAUGAAAACAUUGUUUUGGUUUUAAAUGUUUUUGAUUUAUUCAUCAAAAUGUUGACCACUUUUGCUAAUCAUUGUCACCAUUUGAUCCAUUUGGUGAUAAUCUCAUUGUUAAAUCUAUGAUAAUUGAUAAUAAUUGAAAGUAGAUUUGAUAACUGGAAGCCAUGACAACUGUGUUGAAAGCUGUCUAUGAGUACGAGUCCAACGACAACAAAGUCUUGAACUUUAAAGUCGAGGAAAAGUUUAUUGUCAUUAAAGAGACCAAACCUUAUGAUUGGGUCUAUUGUGUCAACACUUUGGGUCAAUUGGGUUACGUUCCCAAAGACUAUGUCGUCGAAGAAAAGCUGAUCCCAGAAACAGAUUUAUUGAUUUUAAUCGACUCUAUUGCACAACAAUUGGACUCAAAACACAAUGACAGAAGUGGUAUAACCGAUAGACAAGUGAAACACGCGCAGAUAAAAUUGGCGCAAAUCCGUUGUGAAGUCGUCCAAUUGAUCUUCAAAAAGAAAACACCAGAAGUUAUACCAGAAGUUGACAUUAAUGAUGCUGAAGAUGAAGAAGUUGUCGAUUCAAAGCAACAGACAAGCGAUGAGUUGAUUAAAACCGAAGAUAAGAAUUAUGUGACAAAUAUUGUAGAAGACAUGUCUAUUAAAAAUAUUGUGAAAGAUGUAAAUGAAACAAAUGUAUUGAUAGAGUCGGAACAGAUUAAAUCAAUAGCCAAUAGCGUCCAAAUUGAUGACACACUCAUCUCUGAACUCAUCGAAAGAGUUAGAGUCACAUCAGAUCUUAGCCAUAAUAUGUGUAUUUUAACAGUUAAGACAGUAAUUGAAUGUCUUAGUGAAAGAGUUGUCGAAUGGAGUGGAGAUUGUAUUAAAAUACUCGAAAAAUUAUCUCAAAAUAAUAAUAUAUCCAAUUCUUGUGUUCAAAGUUCAGAUUUAGUUAAUUUAAAGGCAGUCUUCAAAAAGUUAUGGUUUUGUAAGAAUGAUGAACAACAACGAAAUAAUCCCAUUGAUAGAGACGAAGAUGUUAUCGGACAGUAUUUGGAUGAUUUACUUCAGAUUAUGUCAAAUGCCAAUCCAUUAGUCAUUAAAGAUGAGAUUUGUGGCCAAAAUUAUGAAAGAAUAGAAAUGUUAGUAACAUAUUAUCAGAUGGAAACACGAAGAUCACUACGAAUGAUAUUAUACCGCAUUUUUAUUUGUUUAAUCUCGUUAUACGAAGACAUCAUUUCUGAUUAUUUAUUGACUUCUGUUUUGCCAUCAGAAUUGUCAGCAGAAAUGCAGAAUUAUGUGGACGACACAGAACGUUGGUCUUCAGCUGCUCUCGUAUUUACAGCAAUAUUCAGUACUGGACACAAACCACCGAUUCAUAUAUAUUCACAUAUUAACGAAAAGUUUAUUACACAAGAACUUGAUUUGAUUGAAGGCAUUGAUUCGACCGGAAAUCGUAUCGAUAGUCAAAUAUCUGCUGAGAAUAGUAUUGCACCGAUACUUGCUUUUAAUCUUCAUUUUGAUGAUAUAUCCGAUAAUUUAGUUCUUAAAGCGUUGUCUAAGAGACGAAACGCGAGUCAAUUAACAGAGAACUUAAUUUCAUAUCUGAAUUGGGAAGAAGACAUUACUAAAGUUUGCACCGGUAGUCGACACACGGAGAAGCAAACUAUGGAAAAUAAACCUAACUCUGCAUUAAAAUUGUUAAUUGAAAUGUUUGCAAAUUUAGCUAUUUCUAAGCUUUUUUAUUAUAAUGACGUUCGAGUCAUUAUUGAUAUAAUAAUAAGGCAAUUGAAUAAUCUUCCCGUUGGAGACAAAACGAUUGGAUUUUAUUUAACACUUAUGUUGAAUAUAAUCCGAAACACUGAGUAUAAAGAAGAGCCGCAUAAGUUGGAAGAUCUGAUAAAAUGCUUGAAAAGUAUUGAAAGUCAUGACUGGAGUCGUGAAUCGGAUCUGAAGUUAGUUUUGCUGAUUAGAGCAGAGCUUUAACCACUUUUUAAUUGACUGUGAUUUCAAUAUUCAUAAUAUAAUACAUAAAUAUUAU